AUUGGGUUUGAUACACACAGUAUGUAAUAUAACACACGGGUUCUUAUGGGACUUCCCCUCACAGUGUGGCACAAUGGGUUGCCCUAUUUAUAAACAGCCAAACAUGCCAAGGAUUGUUGGCAUCGUGCUGUGUAUCCCCAAAACGAGGCAUAGGAACGGGGUGUGGAGACAAAGUAGAGGUUGCUUUAGGUUUGAAUAUCCCCAAAUUAAUAUAAGCCACAGAGGCUGAUGAAUGUAACUGCAAAAGGAAUAAAACAGCAAAGUUAAAUUCAGUCCCUGAAGGAAUAUUUGAGUUUAAAUGAGUAAUAUGUUCAAUAUAAUCAUGGUUGUGCCUUGUCAGCUGCAUGUUUUGAAGAUGGAAAUGUGACUGAUGUGUGUUAGUAUAUUGUGAAUAACACUCCAAUGUUGCAGAGGCUCCCUCCUGCCUCCACAUGCCUCAUGACACAGACAUUCCUGUGCAGAAACAUACCUGAGGGCAGACCACUCACAAACACACCUCUGAGUUACAUUUUGGCUUUUCAUGACCUCACUAAUUUCCCUUAAUCUGGAUCCAAAAUGCCUACAAUUAAGCCCAAAUCCAACACCAGACAAAACAAGUCUUAUUUUCCUUUAUAAUUUAAACUUUUUUGUCUUCUAAAUGCAAAACUUCAAUCACAAUACGAAACAAAACAGAAAUAUAUAUGUAUAUGUCUUAAUAAUAUUUCUGUCUUUGUGAGAGCACUUUGAUCUCCAAAACACAAUCACACACACACCUAUUCAAUCACAAGUGACGAUGUUGUUGUUUUUUUUUGUUAAACCAGUCUGACAGCUUGCAGAGAGGGCGGUGUGGUGAAUUAAGACAGCUUCAGUGAGCCUCAACAAGGGACCUCAGUGAAGAAUUAGCAGCUGUCAGUCCCCUCCCCUCUUCUGGUACUGACAGCCAAACAUGUGCUGUUGAGAGUUUCAUGGACACAGUUUCUUUUCCGGUGCCUUUUGAGGGGAGUUCAUUGAGUUUUAAACAGAUGAGCCACUCUAACUAUGAGCUCAUAAUGUACUCUAUUGCAUUUUGGAGACAUGAUAGGUUGUGUAACAUGUCAAGUGACUGUUUAUUGUUUAUGACAGAUGCUCAGUCAGUCAUCAAAAGUAAAUUCUUUUCAUCAUGUGGUAACAUGUCAUCAUGUUUGCUGUCUUUCUUUCCUGGCCAAUUAUUUUCUCAACAGACCAAUAAGAAAAAGAACCAUAAAAAAGAAAUUAAUUAAAAACAGGAACAACAACAAAACACCUUUUAGAUAAAAGCAUAGUAUGAUUAAAAUCAGUUCGGGGCUCCAAGCAGGUUCCAAAUGUUAUUUGAAAAUGUUUGAUUCUAGGUCAGGAGUUACCAAACGAAGGACCUGAACAGGCCACAUGAGGGCAGUAACACAAGAAAUAUGAGCAGGAUCAAGUUAUAAUUUGUUCAAUAUGCACAAACAGAUAAUACAGUAAAGAAUACAGACGCACCAGUCAGUGAGAGGAUAGUGCCCAUUAUUUAAUGUAGACCUCAAAAACACUGUUUGUUUCACUGUUUGAGGCCCAGACUUUUCCUCCAAAUAUUAAUGUGAAUGUGUCUUCUUUCCUAUUUUAGCCAGUUUUAAUCUUCUAUUUUAACUAGUUUUAAUCCUUUUAAAUCCUAUGAAUGUGUCUCCUUAUAUUUCGUUUAUUUCUUGUCUUAAUGUCUUUAUGUUAGGUACUUUGAAUUGCCUUUUGACCCUUUGGACUGACCCUCGACCCCUAGUUUGGAAACCACUGAACAAAACUUGUAUAAAGUAAUUAAAGUACUGUUUUUACCUUUAUUUAUGUAUGCAGUAUUUUCACAUUGUUACACUGGUUAUUUUUACUCAGUUAAAGGGUUUGAAUAGGUUUUCCACCCCAUACAAUUCAGAUCACUGGUUCUCAAACUGUGGUAUGUGUACCACUGGUGGUACGCAAGCUGCCUAGUGGUAUGUGGAGGAAUAUUGUUAAUAAAGUAAUUUAAUUUUAAAACAUCAAAAUACUAGAAAACAUUAAAUAAAAACAAUUUUUUUUUGUAAUAUUUUUCUACGUGGUCACGUUCGUGCACUUAUAGUGCGAACAACAAUCCAUGAUUAGUUACGAGGUAAAAGGCGAUAAGUAAUCUAUGUAAUAUAGAAAGAAAACACUGCAAUCAUUGCUCCAAACGUGAACUAUUAUUAUUAUUGAUUAUUAUUGUUGAACCUGCUCCUUGAACUGAAUGGGGUCGACCUACGCUACUACAUUUUAACGUAGGUCAUAAUGGUGGUACUUUUGGUGGAAAUUAAUAUUUUCUGAGGUGGUACACGGUGUAAAAAGUCUGAAAAACACUCCCAGGUCCUAUGAUGACAAUAAUACCCAUUUGAAUUAUAAAUUGUCAAUAACUGAACACAGAUCCAGAUUCAGUAUCUAAAUACUUGUAGUGUUUUAUCUCGUAUCCAGUGGGCCUCAUCUGUUGCCACCCACUCAGCCAGCCACCUCGGAGGAGUCAGUGGGUCUGAAGACAGACCACAAGCAAGCGAAUGCAACACCCAUAAACCCAGAUAGCAGCUCCCCUUACAGCUGUCUGCACCACACAUAAAAUUAGACCCCCAGACAGUCAUACUGUAGGCUCCAGCAUGCAGAGACAACUGGGGAAAAUACUGUAGAAGAUGGACCCAAGUUAUAGUUCUAAUCUUAACUUUGGAAGCUGUACACUAUGCAGUAAAGUGGUGUACGGCGAGGAGAGGGCCUGCCAGGCGAUGGGACAUUUAUUCCACGACACUUGUUUCACCUGCAGCAUUUGCAGUAAAAAGCUCAGCGGCAAGCCAUUUUAUACAGUGUCAGGAAGGAUCUAUUGUGAGGAGGAUUUUUUGUACUCAGGAGUUCAUCCAUCUCCAGAAGUGUGUAGCAGCUGUGGGUAUUUAAUCAUGGACAUGGUCUUGCAGGCUCGUGGGAAGUCCUACCACCCGUCCUGCUUUCGCUGUGUGGUCUGCAGACAGAGCCUGGAGGGUCAGCCUUUCUCUGUAGACACAGACAGCAGAGUUUACUGUGUCAGUGACUACCACAGGGUUCAAGCUCCUCGAUGUGCCGCCUGCAAAGUGCAGAUACUGCCAACUGAGGGAUCCACAGAGUCUAUUCGAGUGGUGUCAUUUAACAGAAAUUACCAUGUAGAGUGCUUCAGUGGGGAGGUUAACCUCAUUUGAGGACAGAAGCAGGCUGAUACACAUCUUUCCGUGUUUUUCUGCUGGUUUUGUUUUGUUUUGUGAUGAAUCUGUAGGAUUUCCAGUCUGCAAUAAAGUCGCUCCAAAGAGUU